AUGACUGAAAUAUAUUCAUUUGGCAAUUUGCCUGUUAUUGCACAUGCAUGGAAUAAAGAUCGAACACAAAUUGCUGUAUCAUUGGGAAAAAAUGAUAUACGUAUAUAUCAAAAAGUAUCUGGUAAAUGGAAAUUAAUACAUACAUUAUGUGAACAUUUAUCACGUGUAUUAGCAAUUGAUUGGGCACCAAAAACGAAUCAAAUUGUUUCAGCUAGUGCUGAUUAUAAUGCAUAUGUUUGGACAUUAGAAAAUGAUGUUUGGAAACCACAAAUGGUAGAAUUACAACGAACAAGUCGAGCUGUUUGUUGUGCUAAAUGGUCACCAGAAGAAAAUAAAUUUGUUAUUGGUUCAAGUGAUAAAAAUGUAGCUGUAUGUUAUUAUGAAAAAGAUCAACGAUUUUGGGCAGCUGAAAUGAUUAAAAAAAAACCAAAAUCAACUGUAACUUGUAUUGCUUGGCAUCCAAAUAAUCAAUUAAUUGCUGUUGGUAGUUGUGAUUAUCGAUGCCGAAUUUAUUCAGCUUUUAUUAAAAUUGUUGAUGGUCAAGCACAAACAUCAAAUUGGGGAACGAUUAAAAAUACAGGCGAACUUUUGCAUGAAUUUCAAUCAGAAUCAGGUUGGAUUCAUGAUGUAGCUUUUUCACCAUUAGGUGAUAAUCUUGCAUGGGUAUCACAUAAUUCAAUCAUAUUUGCUGUUUCAGCUAAGAAUAUAUCUCAAAUUAUAAUGGAAAUAACAAAUUAUUUACCAUUUCGUUGUGUUAUUUUUGUCAAUGAAUCAAUAUUAAUUGUUGGAGGACAUGAAUUUUCUCCAUUAAUUUAUAAUUUUAAUCAAGAUAAAGGUACAAUUGAAUAUGUUGAAAAACUUGAUCGACAAGAAGUAUCAACUGGUCGAUUAUCAAUUGGGUUAGAAUUUCAUUUUUAUCUUUCAUAUUUAUAUUUAUAUAUAUAUAUAUUUUCUUCUUCUCGUGUUUGA